GUAUACAUACAAACUGUUAUGUUACCGCAGAUUUAGUUGUAAACAAUAUUCGACCUAUCAACACUGAAGCUGUAACUUCACACUCGGAAAAAAUGGAAUCGGUAAGAAAAUGCCUCAUCGUUACAACACGGAAACUAAAUCCUGUUUCGACAGUUUCCAGAUGUGUUGGAACUCGGACCAAACAACAUCGAGAAGAUCAAAUUUCCGACGGACGAUCGUUCCAAGCCAAAGACACAAUGGUGUAUCGGACAAGCAGACCUAAGGUCAAACCGGACAGAGAUACGCUCAGUUUCGGUAACGUUUUUACUGACCACAUGCUGACUGUGCAGUGGGAAGGCCAGUGGUCAGCCCCAGUUAUAUCUCCACUGAAGAACCUAUCCCUCCACCCGGCAGCUAAAACUCUCCAGUACUGCACACAGGUAUUCGAGGGUAUGAAAGCGUUCCGAGGUUAUGAUGAUAAAGUUCGACUUUUCCGACCAAUGGACAACAUGAACAGGAUGGUGGGGUCUGCCGAGAGAGCAGGACUUCCGACGUUUGACUCCGCGGAGCUACUUGGGUGUUUGAUGAAGCUGUUGAGCGUGGACAAGUCCUGGGUCCCUAGGGCUACCCCAGAUCUACCUUAUUCUGUCUACCUUCGGCCGACUAUGAUAGGGACAGAGCCUGCCUUAAAGGUAGACAAGCCUGGGUCAUGUCUGCUCUAUGUCGUCGCCGGACCAGUGGGCCCAUAUUUCAAGACAGGAAUGGAAGCUGUGUCACUUUUGGCGGACCCUAAAUACGUCAGGGCCUGGCCCGGGGGCUCGGGCAUGUACAAGAUGGGAUCAAACUACGCGCCAACAAUACACGUGCAGAAGGCGGCACUACAGGCGGGGUGUCAACAGGUGCUAUGGUUACAGGGAGACGAAGAAGAAAUAACAGAAGCGGGAACGAUGAAUUUGUUUCUUUACUGGAUCAAUCCUGACGGAGAGAAGGAGCUGGUAACAGCGCCGCUAAAUGGUUUGAUACUACCAGGAGUCACUCGCCAGUCUGUGAUAGAUCUGGCCAAUCAAUGGGGUGAAUUCAAGGUGACAGAACGUUCAGUUACAAUGAAGGAACUCCUGAAAGGAAUAAAAGAAAACAGGGUGAUAGAGAUGUUCGGGUCAGGCACAGCAGUGUCCAUCUGUCCGAUCAGCAAAAUUAAGUACUGUGAUCAGUGGUACAUCGUAUCUGAACAACAGAAGCUGGCUACAAGAUUGUUUGGACAGCUCACCGCCAUACAGUACGGCGAAUGUCCGAGUGAAUGGGCAGUGGAGGUAGACUGACCUCCCCAUGAAGGUGUUAUCUAACAACCAUGGAAGACAUUAUCAGUUCCUAAGGCAGCCAUACUUUGAUCUUAUUCUGGUUAAUGUGCAAGAAACGUUAUUUCCUGGUCACUGAAGUGACAUUGAAUCAAACGCGUGAUUACAAGAAUCUGAUGUUUUCAAACACACAAUUGACUUGAGAUGAGAGUAUAAUAACAGACGAGGUAGUUUAUACGGAAAUAUGUGUUUGUGAGGGAACUUUUGGAAGUAAGCUUGUGGAAGCUGGAGCUCGCCGAACAAAGCGAUCAUAUACCUGUAAUCGGACGCGCCCUACGAAAACAGAAUUAUUCUCUUUACCAGUCUCAAGCACUGGGAGUUUUUAAACUUCAAUAUUUUGUAGUAUAAUAUUUGCAUGAAAAGAUUUCUAAGACAGUACAACUUAUUGUGUAUUCUCUUAAAAAUGUUUGAUGUGUCCUCUCU